UAAGAAAAUAUCUAAUGUUUCACCUUUGAAACCUUUGAGUUUAGUAGUACAUGCUUAUAUAAUGGCUUGGAAAAAAAAACUAUUUUGAAUACUCAUGUUGUCGACGAUUUUGUAAAUACGAUUAUUUACAAAGAAAACAAUGAGACUGGAUGUAAUCACAAAAAAUAACAAUAUCCUAUGACUAGUAAGUAGAUAAUAACUUAUGCCAAUGAUAUUAGGAUGGAGCGUAUGGAUUUGAGUUUUAAAUCCAUCAUAAAAGUUUUGGAAACAAAAUUAUACACAUUUUUUGUUUCAUUUAUUACAAUUUGUAGAUUUGGGUUCAGAAUUUUUAAUACAUUACAACCCUUUAAUUUUUGCAAAUUAAUUGUUUAACUCUAAUAUUGUUUUUCGCAAGUUCCAGUUUCUUUUCUAUGAAAUUAUAUCUACAUAAUGUGUAUACUAGUUAUGGUUUAGCUAUAUAAUUUCUUCUAGUAGUAAAUUCUUACAAAAUAAAGAUACGCGAUAAUGGACAAUCCAUACUCGAUUAAAUUCACAUUUGUAAGCCCAAAUUUCUGUAAAUGUUGGAGCGUAUUAGCAUUUACAGAAAGUUGAGAAUACGUAUAAACAAUGGUUAAAUUCGAUUGGCAGGUUAUUUCUUAACAACAAAAUAACUUAAAACAUUAAUAAUUUAGAAAUAUUCUAUUUUGAUAGUAUUUAGUUUAAACAAUAAGUAUAUUUAUUUUUUCUAAAUUUUCUAAAUAUGUUAGAGAAAACUCAUAUUAACGGUCACAUUUUAUUUAACGUUAAACUGCAUUAAUUAAUUUCUUAUGUUCACUUGAAAAUACGUUUAUGUUUGUGUUUGAGUGUUUAAUCUCUUAUAAAUAUGAGACAAAAUUUCAUUCUAAAAUACCAGAUACAAACAUUUUAAUAUAUUAUAUUAAUAACAUUUGCCACUUAUUUCGAAAACAUUGGCACAAUGGCUCACACUUCUUCCCGAACUACUAUCGUAUUCAUUGUUGUUGCUUUGAUUUGUGCGUUCGUUCCUGCAUUCUCUGUUGAAGAAGCUGAAGCAAAAUCACUAUGGGAUACCUGUCUUCUUAAAAUCAGUCCAAAAUGUGCGUUGGAUAUAAUUGGUGUUGUCUUUGAAAAUUUAACCAUCACUGAUGCAUGUUGUCAUGAUCUUGUACAAGAAGGAAAAAUGUGUCACGAUACUCUUAUCAAAUAUAUUGCUGAGAAGCCGCAUUUAGUUGCCCACGAAACAGAGUAUUUGAAGAAAAGUGAUGAUUUGUGGACUCAUUGUGUCUCAGUUUCGCAAACUGCUUAAAAAUAUGUUAUGCUUGUAUUGAUCUACAAAAAUUUUAUUUAACUAUCGUUAAAUUUUAUUUGAUCAAAAAUCGUGGAUCAAACAGUAUGCAAUAUAAAGCGACCAUCAAGUGAAUCUCAUUCUAAAUGAAUCAAUACAUAUAUUAACUCAAUUGAAAAACAAUGUGCUAACCAUACAAGAUUGUUAAACUAAUAACAAGACAUAUAUGAAUAAUUUCAAACAAUAUUGCUUAAUUACUUUGACUUAAUUUAUCUUUAAUUUUAAAAAUUAAUUUUCCUCUACGAUUUCAAUCAUUAUUUUUACAUACACUGAAAAUUAUCUUGGGUAAUUUAAAACAAGAAGCUAAGAAAAUAUCUAAUGUUUCACCUUUGAAACCUUUGAGUUUAGUAGUACAUGCUUAUAUAAUGGCUUGGAAAAAAAAACUAUUUUGAAUACUCAUGUUGUCGACGAUUUUGUAAAUACGAUUAUUUACAAAGAAAACAAUGAGACUGGAUGUAAUCACAAAAAAUAACAAUAUCCUAUGACUAGUAAGUAGAUAAUAACUUAUGCCAAUGAUAUUAGGAUGGAGCGUAUGGAUUUGAGUUUUAAAUCCAUCAUAAAAGUUUUGGAAACAAAAUUAUACACAUUUUUUGUUUCAUUUAUUACAAUUUGUAGAUUUGGGUUCAGAAUUUUUAAUACAUUACAACCCUUUAAUUUUUGCAAAUUA